GACUACGGGGUGUGCCUUCUCGACGACAUUCUUCGCGACCUCUACGAGGGAACAGUUAACAUAUCGACGUACGGCUCGAACGACCGGUUGAUUGAAUUGCCCAAAAGGGACCGAUCAGACGAACACAUGCGCCGGACGGUGGCGUUUAGUCGCGAAGUGGUGGAACUGUUGCGCUACUCCCGCGAAGUGGUCAACUUUCAGAUGACGUUCUCGCUGUUCAUACCGUGUUAUCACCGGUAUUUCAACCGUCAGUGUCGUGUUAUCGACUAUGGCUUUAAUAAACUCAUCGAACUCUUGGAGGAGUUGUCGCCGCACGUCAUAGAGAUUAUCGCCAAUAGCGAGGACGAGCUCUGCGGUGAGAAACAGAUCCGUCUCAGUCGCGACACUCGCGUCUACGCUUUGAUCUCUCGCUUUGAAACAAUACUUCGACACCAGAGCACCCGUUCGCUCCGAAUCGACGACUUUGAGCAGAUUUAUCGCCAAAAAUACAACUCUGAAAUCGAUUACUUCGAAUUCGGUUCCGUAGAUCUGAUCGAUUUUGUCGACAAAAUGUCGGCCAAUAAGUUCCGAAUAGUGACCACUCAAAGUAAUGGCACACAAAUCACUUUAAUGGACAAAAAUCACAUCCGACUUGUGGCCAAACGCGCCGUUCGACUACUGAUGGAAGAGUUUAGCGGCGAAUUGAAUUGCAAUCAACUCGAGUCCCGAUACCUCUCCGAGUUUGGCGACUAUCUAUCCCGACAUAUAUUCACUGCCGACGACUAUCGGGACGUAUUCGUUGUGGUGGACGACCAGCGAUCGGUACGACUGAGCGAUCUCUUCCUAUUGGCCCGACGAUGCAUACAAUGCAUUCAAUCGGCGCGUAAACGCAGAUUCACUGUUGAAGAGUUGGACCGGGAGUUCAUGAAACAGUUUGGAGAACCUCUUCCGCAGCCAACUUUCUUCAAGUGUUGCAACUUUUCGGAACUAUUCGCUAAGUUUUUCGACUUCUUCCAUGUCGUGCGCAAAGGGAAGUCCGAUAAAACGUUGACUAUUGGUUUGGACAUGAAUUUUGCUAAACGGCCGCUCGUUGUCAAACCACCCGCUUAUAAGAUUCUUCCGCGACCAGUAGUGACGCCUCCCUCGAACAGAGCGAUCGGUGCCGUUGGCGGCGAUACUACUGAUGAUUUGUUGGACAGCGAUGUACCCGAUAAUCUCAAUCUCCCGCUUCCAGAUCUGGUUCCGGGCGGCCAUACGGGCUGUGAUGGCGAGCGACGCGAUCUAAUAAACUUGUUGGACGACUCUUCGUCGUCGGCGCCGACCUCUGUUACGAACGAUAGGAAAAGUUCUAUGGAUUUGAUUGAGCUUAGGGUCGAAUCAGUUAUUGAUUGGCCCGUAUAUGAAGCGAACAACAGUGAACAAAGGAAGGCGCCCUCAGAGCCCAGUGAUGACCCAUCGACGGCCAUCAAUCAAAGCGUUCAGUCGACUGUUGACAACACCGCCACUGAGACCGAUGACAACACUAUUGACAGUCGCAUACAUUCCCAGUUGAAUGACUUCGUGGCCAAAGAGUUGGGCCGUAAGCUGGUUCAGAUGACUGAUCGACAAGAGGAGAGCGCCGGCGAUGAGAGACCGGUUAUGUCGAAGACUAGAAGAGAGAAAGUGGUUGAGGAGACGCUGGAGAUCGAGCCGUUCACUAAUGAGAAGCGUUUGGCCAAUGAGUUCAGAAUUGACCGCUAUUUAGGCGCCGGAAGUUUUGGUGUCGUUCUCGAAGGCCGUCACAAAAUUGAUUACAAACAAUACGCUAUUAAACUCAUUUAUAUCUUCCAUGAAAACGAGGACAGCGCUGAUGCGGUGCGCGAAGAGUUUAACCGCGGGAUUAGAGAAAUCCGGGUUUGGGCUAAAGUACAGGACACGACAUGCGUUCAGUAUAGGAGCGCGUGGCUCGAGACCAGCGCUGAGGCCAGAAAGCGGUUCGUCCAGUACUUGGAACAGACGGACAGUUGGGUCCGCAAACAAUACGCGGAACAGUUGAACAGAAAACACUUCGCCAUUCUUCACAUUCAAAUGGAUUUGUGUUGGUAUUCAUUAAAACGUGUGUUGAUUCAAGUGCUCGAGUACUUUGAAAUGAUGAAUUGUCGCGAAUUCCUGCCACCGCUCGGCCACUAUAUCGGCGCCGAACUGUUAGCCGAAAUAGCGGACGCGUUGGGGCGACUGCACGGCGCGGGUGUCAUUCACCGCGAUAUUAAACCCGAUAAUAUACUGAUCCGCUACGACACCGACCGCCGGUUCGUACGGAUGGGUGACUUCGGACUCGCUGUCGAGCAUUUGCACGAUUCUCAUACACACACUCGUGGGGCCGGCGCUGAUCGAUAUAUGGCUCCGGAGGUGAAAAAUAGCCGCAAAUACAACCAAAAGGCCGAUAUGUAUAGC